AUAAAUAGUGCAGGGAACGAGGGUUGGAGCACAGUCGCCUUCUGGUCUCAGCACAAUGAAGACUGCCGUCGUUUUAGCUUGCCUGGCCUUCGCCAUGGUCGGGGCCUCCGUGGUCCCGACAAAAACGGUCUACAAGACCAAGCCUGUGGAUGCCGAGUUCGUGCAGAAGCAGCAACAGAUCCUGAAGCUAUUCUACCAUCCAGAGCAAGUUAACCCUGAGGCGGAAUACUACAAAAUUGGCAAGGAAUAUGACAUCGAAAAGAACAUUGACAACUACACCAACAAGAAGGCUGUCCAAGAGUUCUGGACUUUGUGGAAGACUGGAUUCCUACCCAAGAAUGUUCCUUUCUCAAUCUUCUACGAAAGACAGAGGGAGGAAGCUGUAUCUCUAUUCCACAUUAUGUUCUACGCCAAGGACUUCGAAACCUUCUGGAAGACAGCUGCAUUUGCCCGUGUUCACAUCAACGAAGGCCAAUUCCUGUACGCAUACUACAUUGCGUUGCUCCACCGUGCUGACACCAAAGGAGUUGUCGUCCCCGCACCCUACGAAGUUUACCCCGAACUGUUCACCAACUCCAAUGUUUGGUACAAAAUCUUCCGCGCAAAGAUGCAGAAAGGAGUUUUCACCCCUGACUUUGGAUUCGAACAAGGCAUCGUCCAAGAAGGCAACCACUACUAUGUCUACUCUAACUACUCUGACUACUUGACCUACCACACUGACGAGUACAAAAUCUCCUACUUCAUGGAAGAUAUCGGUCUUAACGCUUACUACUACUACUUCCACUCGUACUUCCCAUUCUGGAUGGACGGCGAUCUCUACCCAAUCAUGAAGGAACGUCGUGGAGAGGUCUACUACUACUUCUACCAACAACUCUUGGCUCGCUACUACUUGGAACGUCUAUCUAACGGAUUAGGUGAAAUUCCUGACUUUUCUUGGUGGCACCCGAUCCGAACUGGCUACAGCCCAUACGUCAACUACUUCUCCUCCUUCGUCCAGAGGCCCGCGAACUACCCAAUCCCAGAGAAAUACGACGAAGAAUUACAACUUCUUGACACUUACGAAAAGACCUUCAUCCAGUACUUGGAACAAGGACACUUCAAGGCUUUCAACCAGGAUGUCGACUUCCGCAACUCCAAAUCUGUUAACUUUGUUGGAAACUUCUGGCAAGCGAAUGCUGACUGGCAAGGCAAGGUUGGCCGCAGAGACAACCACAACUCCUACGAAGUCACUGCUCGUCGUAUCUUGGGUGCUGCUCCUGAACCUGUUGACAAGUACACCUUCGUACCGACAGCACUUGACUUCUACCAGACUUCUCUGCGUGACCCAGCCUUCUAUCAACUGUACAGCAAGGUUCUCAAGUACUUCAUUGAAUACAAGAAGUUCCUGACUCCCUACACCCAAGAUACUCUGCACUACGUUGGAGUUAAAAUCAAUGACGUUAAAGUUGACAAGCUGAUAACCUACUUCGAAUACUACGACUUUGAUGUCUCAAACAACGUCUUCUACACCCAGGAGGAAUUCAAGAGUGGAAAUAUGCCAACGUACUCCGUUCGCCAGCCACGUAUUAACCACAAGAAAUUCGAUAUUGAAUUUGAUGUUAAAUCUGACGUUGAAGGCGAUGCAGUUGUCAAAGUUUUCUUCGGACCCAAAUACGACAGCAAGGGCUACCCUAUCCCAUUAGAAAACAACUGGCAAAACUUCGUUGAAUUCGACUGGUUUGUACAGAAGCUGACCAAGGGACAGAACAAGUUUAAGCGUUCGUCGAACGACUUCUUCUUCUACAAAGAGGACUCCGCACCCACUUAUGAGAUUCAGAAGCUCCUCCAAGAUGGAAAAGUACCAGCUGAUAUGUCAAUUGAGUCUGGCGCAUUCCCCAAGAGGCUCCUUCUGCCUAAGGGUCACAAGGGUGGAUUCCCAUACCAAAUGUUCGUGAUGAUCUAUCCAUUCACUGCUGCAGAAAAGAAAUACGACUCUAUCAAGGCUUUCGUUUGGGACAACAAGCCUUUGGGCUAUCCAUUCGACCGUCCAGUUCACGAGGUAUACUUCAAGCAGCCCAACAUGUUCUUUGAAGAUGUAGAGGUGUACCACGAAGGAGAAGAAUUCUCCUACAAAUACAACGUUCCUUACUACACAGCCCACUACAACGAUGUGGCUAAACAUUAAGGAGGGAGAGAGAAAUCUUGCUAUAUAAAUAUAUAUCAAUAAUAUAAUAUACAUAAUAUAUAUUAAUAAUAUUAUUAUAAUGUAAUGCCGUACUAUUGAAAAAUAAAAAACGGUUUAAUUAAA